GGUGAAGACUGAGGACUGAUAUGGAUAUUUUCUUAAAUCCUAAAUUUAAACCAACGCAGCGAUGAAUCAUGAAUAAAGACGGUGCUAGGAGCGAGCUACUCCAAGAGAAAGAGAGAGAGUCGCAGUUGUCGUUGUUUUUGUCUUUUUGCUCUGAAACUCUAAUUUUUGAAACAGAAAAAGAGAGGGGAAAUUGAAUUAAGAGAGAGGAAGAUGGCAGAGGUGUCGUUGUGUAGCAGCAACUCCUCUGAGCUCAGUCCAGACGAAGAGAGGAUCAUGAUCAGAGACAUUGCUCUUGCUUCCCAAGCUAACAGCAAAGAAGGCGACACCUUCUUCUUGAUCACCCAGAGGUGGUGGCAACAUUGGAUUGAAUAUGUGAACCAAGACCAGACAAACACUUCAUAUGACGGAUCUUCCUUAUCAGAACAUUGUGAUUUGGCUAAUUCAAGUGCUUUAAAGAAGCCAGCUGGCAUUGAUAAUUCUGAUUUGAUAGAUGAUGCUGUGUCGGAGGACUCUGGCACGGGUAUUGAGAUUCAUGAUACUCUUUUAGAAGGCCGUGAUUAUGUAUUACUUCCCCAAGAAGUUUGGAAUCAAUUAUUUAGAUGGUAUGGUGGUGGACCUACGUUGGCAAGGAAAGUUAUUAGUUCAGGUCUGUCCCAAACUGAAUUGACAGUAGAGGUGUAUCCUUUACGGCUUCAAUUACUUGUGUUGCCAAAAAAUGAUCGUUCUGCUAUAAGAAUAAGCAAGAAGGAAACCAUUGGACAGCUUCACAAAAAAGCUUGCGAAAUAUUUGAUCUCCAGCCAGACCAAGUGUGUAUUUGGGAUUAUUAUGCCCGUCGGAAGCACGCCUUGAUGAAUGACAUGGACAAGACCCUUGAUGAUGCUAAUUUACAAAUGGACCAAGAUAUUCUUGUUGAGGUCAUCAGCAAUACAAAUAACACAAGUUCUGCUCAAGAAAAUGGGUCUGCACAGAAGGAAGCAAGUUCUGUUCUUGUGGAGCCUUCCAAAUCUAGCUUAUCAAUUGCUGGUGGCUUGUCUGCUAGCAGUAGCAAGGGUGCAUCUAGAGGCUACAACAUGGAGCCUUCUUCAUCUCAGAACCUAAAUUCUCCGGUCAGAGAUGUGGAAAACCCAUAUGGAAGCAGUGGUGUCACCACAAGAGGUUCAUUUGGUGGUCUCACUGGGUUGCUGAAUCUUGGCAAUACUUGUUUCAUGAAUAGCGCAAUUCAGUGCCUUGUUCAUACACCAGAAUUUGCUAGGUACUUCAGGGAAGACUAUCAUAGAGAGAUAAAUUGGCAAAAUCCAUUGGGCAUGGUUGGUGAGUUAGCCCUAGCAUUUGGUGAAUUGCUUCGAAAACUAUGGGCACCUGGGCGAACACCCAUUGCUCCUCGGCCAUUUAAAUCAAAGCUUUCUCGCUUUGCACCUCAGUUCAGUGGGCACAAUCAACAUGAUUCUCAGGAGCUUUUAGCAUUUCUGCUGGAUGGUCUCCAUGAAGACUUGAACCGUGUAAAGCACAAACCAUAUAUAAGGUCUCGAGAUGCUGAUGGCCGACCUGAUGAAGAAGUGGCUGAUGAGUAUUGGGCAAAUCAUAUUGCUCGUAAUGAUUCCAUAAUUGUUGAUGUAUGCCAGGGGCAAUACAAGUCAACUUUGGUUUGUCCAGUUUGCAAUAAAGUCUCGGUCACAUUUGAUCCUUUUAUGUACCUUUCCCUGCCACUCCAGUCCACCACCAGCAGGACAAUGACCGUGACAGUUUUUACUUGUGAUGGAACUGCCCUUCCAUCUUCUUGUACAGUAACUGUGCCUAAGCAGGGACGAUGCAGGGAUCUUAUCCAGGCACUUAGCAACGCUUGCUCGUUGAAACAUAAUGAGAGGCUAUUGCUUGUGGAGAUAAGAAACCAUUUGAUCCAUAGAUUUUUUGAAGAUCCUCUUCUAUUGUUGUCUACAAUCAAAGAUGAUGACCGUCUUGCUGUUUACAAGGUUCCAAAGCUAGACAAGAACACAAAAUAUCUCCAGUUGAUACAUCGCCGGAGAGAGCAGAGUAGUGACUCGCAGACCAUAUCAGGAUGGAAACCAUAUGGAACCCCUAUAGUUUCAUUGAUCUCAUGCGAUGAAACAGUCACAAGAGGUGAUAUACAAGUAAUAGUUAAUCGUAUGCUCUUUCCUCUGCUAAGGAAAGGUAGCAAUGUGGAACAAACUUUUGCUUCUGAAACCAGCAUCCCAAAAGAAACAUCUGAUCAAUGCAAUUUUAUAUCUGGUGAUGCAAGUGCUACCAACAUGGUGUCAAAUUCAGUAAAUAAGGAUUCUACUGAUUCCAAGACACCACCAAUGCCAACAUUACCUCUUCUCUUGGUAGAUGAAAGCAAUGCUUGCAUUGAUCUUUCAAUGGGAGAGGAGAAAGCAGUUAAAUUAUCACCAUCAUCACCAACAAUUCUAGUGUAUAUUGAUUGGUCUCAGAAGCUGUUGGAGAAGUAUGAUACUCAUUCACUUGAGACUUUGCCCGAAGUUUUAAAAUAUGGGCCUGUAACCAAGAAGGCUCGUACUGAACCUCUCUCCUUAUACACCUGCUUGGAAGCUUUUCUGCGUGAAGAACCUCUGGUGCCUGAAGAUAUGUGGUACUGUCCUAAGUGCGAGGAGAGGCGACAAGCCAGCAAAAAGCUUGAUUUGUGGAGGCUCCCUGAGGUUUUGGUCAUUCAUUUGAAGAGGUUCUCAUACAGCAGGUCAAUGAAGCAUAAACUAGAGACUUUUGUUAACUUUCCCAUUCAUGAUUUUGAUUUAACAAAUUACAUAGCCAACAAAAACAACUCUCGGCGUCAACUGUACGAACUGUAUGCUCUUACAAACCAUUAUGGUAGCAUGGGUAGCGGUCAUUACACUGCACAUAUUAAGCUUUUAGAUGAGAACAGGUGGUACAAUUUUGAUGACAGCCACAUAUCACCCAUAAGUGAAGAUGAGGUUAACACUGCUGCUGCCUAUGUUCUAUUUUACCGGAGGGUAAAGACCGAUGCUGCCACUGUUAGCAACGGGGCUUAGUGUUUCUUGUUGCCAUUUUAUACAUAAAAGUAGAUGUCAAGAACAUAUCUGGUUAUUCCAGAAAAGAUCUAGAAAAGGCUAGGUGAGCAACUUCAAGUGUAUGUCUAAAUUUAGGGAUUUUUAUUUGAUGGAUGGAAAAGCACAAGCUUGUUGAUAUGAGUGUAGUGAAUGAAAAUAUUAUUUAUGUACUUCGUUUCCUUUCCCUAUUUACUCUGUUUUUGGAGUUUCUUUUGGGGGAUGGGAUGUUGAAUUUGACAUCCUUUGUUUCAAGAUAUCAGUAGCAACUCACUUGUUUAAACCUGUUCAAAACAUUUGCAGCUGUUGGUAUAAUGCUUUACUAUUUAAAAGCAACUUUGCACUACCAUGCAGAU